UCGAGCGCCCGGCUCGAGGCCCGCGGGAAGCGCGGCGCGGUCCGUCGUCCCGCGGAGGGGCGGCCUCCCGGCAUCUUCGCGGCCACCGAGGACCAGCGGGCAGGGGAACAACCGGGAUGGCGCGUCCGCGGCCCCGCGAGUACAAAGCGGGAGACCUGGUCUUCGCCAAAAUGAAGGGCUACCCGCACUGGCCCGCCCGGAUUGACGAACUCCCAGAGGGCGCCGUGAAGCCUCCAGCAAACAAGUACCCUAUCUUCUUUUUCGGAACCCAUGAAACUGCAUUUCUAGGUCCUAAAGACCUUUUUCCAUAUAAGGAAUACAAAGACAAGUUUGGAAAGUCAAACAAACGGAAAGGAUUUAAUGAAGGAUUAUGGGAAAUUGAAAAUAAUCCAGGAGUGAAAUUUACUGGGUACCAGACAAUUCAGCAACAGAGCUCUUCAGAAACUGAGGGAGAAGGAGGGAACACUGCAGAUGCAAGCAGUGAGGAAGAAGGUGACAGAGUAGAAGAUGGAAAAGGCAAGAGAAAGAAUGAAAAAGGAGGCUCAAAACGGAAAAAGUCCUACACUUCAAAGAAGUCUUCUAAACAGUCCCGGAAAUCUCCAGGAGACGAAGAUGACAAAGACUGCAAAGAAGAGGAGAACAAAAGCAGCUCUGAGGGCGGAGAUGCUGGCAAUGACACAAGAAACACGACUUCAGACUUGCAGAAAGCCGGUGAAGGGACCUAACUACCAUAAUGAAUGCUGCAUAUUGAGAGAAACCACAAGAAGGUUAACUGUUUGAUUGUCUGAUUCUUGGAUUUGAUAUGAACCAACAGUCUUUGUUGUCACUGACAGAGCCCCAGUGUGUGUGUGCAUUACAUUCCUCUCUGUUCUGCUGAAGGGAAAAAGAGACAUUUUAACCUUUUUAAGGUUAUUGACUUAAUUUUAUGUUAUUUGGUUGCAUGAAGUUGCCCUUAACCACUAAGAAUGAUCAAGAUUUUGCAGACUUCUCCGUGUCUAGGCUCCUUUUCCAAGGCAGUCCAAGUCAUCAGCUUUCUGCCUCUAUCCCACCAUCAUCAAACAGUCAGCUAAAUAGUAAUUCGUUUUUUUAGAUAACUACUCAACAUAAUACUUCAGGAUGGGAUUUUCUUUAUAGCAGAACUCAAGAACCAACUCCUAGAUACAUACUGUUGGUAUAUGGAGAUGAGAUUAGAGUCAUCUUUCAGUUUUAAGGCCAUGUGUAAAGUUUAACCACAUUGUACAAUACCUAUUCUGUAUUAGAAAUAGCUAGUUGAAACUUAUACUUCUCAAAAUUCAUGUUCCUGUGUACACAAGCUGAGUUUACAUGUGAACUUAGUGAGUCUUUUUAUGUCAUACCAAAAUAAAGCAAGGAUUUAUUUUUUUCCCAAAGCCAAUAUGAUUUGAGCUAAUCACUCAAGAUGGUCACUUUACACUUGAAAGCUGAAAUCAGCAGGAGCACUAUGGGAAAACAAAGCAUUGACUCUUGAAGAUAGACUUUUAAACUAAACUUUUCUUUUAGAACUAGAAUUAGAGUAGUUACCAUUCAUCCACCAAGCAUUAUUAUGUGUACAUUAUCGUCGCUGCUGUGCUAAUAGAGUCUUAUUUAUUUUUAUGCCAGCUUAUACUGUGAGAACACAUUAGUCAGUUUGGGUUUCCCCAGCCCUGCUAUGCUUGUCCUUGGAAGAUCUUUUGUGUAUGUCUGAGGUUUGUAGCCGAAAAGUUUACUGUAAAAAAAAAAUCAAAAACAACAAAAAAAUGUAUUGUUUUUACAGAAUAAAUUUAUUGGAAUGUGUCCUGGGAGUAAGGUUUGAGGUUGUAAACAACUGA